UGGUAACGAGAUUUCUGUUUGGGCUGCCUGUGGAUAAUGCGUGCAAAACAUGCGCGAACGAGCCGAGAAAUGGCGGACGAUUUGUUCACAAAACACCGCAAAGUUUAAAAACUCUUGCUAUUCUCUAGCAAUCUUCAGCUGGUAUCAAGCACGCAGAGUAUCUGAGCUUGAAGCCCAACUGAUGACUGAUGUCUCUUAUGGCCCAAAUUAAGAGUUUUAUGUGAUGAAAUCGUCGAUCGAGGCGAGGAAAAUAUAACGUCAAAGAAACGUUUGUAACCGAAGAAAAGCACUCACAGUUCCCUAGGAAUGGCUAGUGGCUUUGAUCCAGGCGCUUCUGACCGCCUAGAGGGGACAAAUGACAUGGUUGGGGGGUUAAUCAAGAAAGGAAGCAGUAAACAUAAAUUUAAAUUGCCCGAGAAAAGCGUUCUUGGUUUGCAGAAGCUCGCAGAGGAAAAACGAAAAUGGAAAGAAGAUAUUGAUACAUCUGACUCCAAAAAGGCAAGACUUGCUACAGGAGAAGGCUUAUCUAAAGACUUGGAUACGGACAGAUAUUUAAAGUCGGAGAAGGGCGAUAGACAAGAGAAGAAGAGACAAUAUCGAUCACAUCUUGAGGAGACGCCAUCGCAUACUGGUGGGGUUAGCGACGAAGCGCGCGAAAAGCAACUCCGUAGAAUGGAGAGAGAAAGGGAGAGCAGAAAAUACGGAGUGUAUGCCGACACCAAAGGCAAGGAUUGUGGAUAUGAUCGUAAUAGGGGAAAGGACCGUCGAGAAAACUAUGACGAUAACUACGAGGCUGAUCGAAGACCUUCUGACCGGCGUAGUGAAAGGUCGAGGUCAAGACGUGGGGAAUGGGAUGAAACCCCAUCUAGAAGUUCAAGGUCAUCAUACAGUGAGAGGUCUGGCACACCAAGCUAUCAAUCAAAAGGUAUAAGGACACCUUCAAGAAGCUCCUGGGAGGAAGACGAGAAUUCAACUCCCUCACGAUCAAAAUGGGAAAUGCCAUCUCCUGCAAGAUCUAUCAGUGAUUACAUAGCCAGCGAAAAAAGGCACUCCAGACACCCUGAUGACACACCCCGCUUCACACCAACCCACAAGUACAAUGAGUGGGCCAAUGACCGGAGAAAAACUGGAGUAACUCCAAGCUUCAAAGGCAAAAAAAGAAGAGAUGAUCAAGGAAGUGCUCGUCGUGGUGAUGAUAUUGAUGGUGAAGAUAAUGAAGACAAUUUUAUCGAUAGAGAAGAAUGGGAGGAGGAACAAAAGAGACUGGACCGUGCAUGGUAUGAUAUGGACACAGGUUACGAUGAGACGCAGAAUCCGUUUGCAGAUGUGAGUGAGGAAUACACCAAGAAAAAAGAGGAAAAGCUCAUCAAAAAGGCUGUCAAAAAAAUGUCUGCGCAGCAGCGUCAGAUCAACAAAGACAAUGACAUGUGGGAGACAAACCGAAUGUUGACGAGUGGUGUUGUCCAAAAGCUCGACGUUGACGAGGACUUUGAGGAGGAGAAUGAGGCCAAAGUCCACUUGCUUGUCCAUAAUAUUGUGCCACCUUUUUUGGAUGGACGCAUCGUGUUCACAAAGCAACCAGAGCCAGUGAUACCAUUAAAGGACCCCACGUCAGACAUGGCUAUUAUAUCGAGGAAGGGGUGCGCUGUGGUGAGACGAUUCCGUGAAGAGAAGGAGAGGAAGAAAGCCCAACAAAAACACUGGGAACUUGCAGGCACGAAGCUCGGAAACAUAUUGGGUGUGAAGGAGGAAAAGGGAGAGGAGGGAGAAGCUGUCGAGGGUGAACACCGAAAUGCCCAGAAGUUUGCCAAACACAUGAAAGACAAGUCCCAGGCUUCUAGUGACUUUGCAAGCAAGAAGUCAUUGGUCCAACAGAGACAGUACCUGCCAAUAUUUGCAGUCAGGCAAGAGCUGUUGAGCAUUGUACGAGACAAUCAGGUCGUUAUUAUUGUCGGUGAGACAGGAUCAGGGAAAACGACACAGCUAACCCAGUACAUGCACGAGGAUGGAUAUACCAAUUACGGAAUGAUUGGAUGUACACAACCCCGCCGUGUUGCCGCCAUGUCGGUAGCCAAGCGAGUCAGUGAAGAAAUGGACUGUAGUCUUGGCGAAGAGGUCGGCUAUGCUAUCCGAUUUGAGGACGUCACAUCAGACAAAACCAUGAUUAAGUACAUGACAGAUGGUAUCUUGCUGCGUGAGUCUCUGCGCGAGUCUGACCUCGACCACUACAGCGUAAUCAUCAUGGACGAGGCCCACGAGAGAUCACUCAACACAGACGUACUUUUUGGUCUGCUGAGAGACGUUGUGUCCAGAAGACGUGAUUUGAAGCUGAUCGUCACCUCAGCAACCAUGGACGCACAGAAAUUUGCAGACUUCUUUGGCAACGUGCCAACUUAUAAGAUACCUGGACGUACGUUUCCGGUUGAGAUAUUCUUCACAAGGACGGUGAUGGAGGACUACGUGGAUAGUGCUGUGAAACAGGCACUGCAGAUACACUUGACGCCCUCCAAAGGUGACAUAUUGGUAUUCAUGCCUGGACAGGAGGAUAUUGAGGUCACGUGUGAACUUAUAUCAGAACGUCUUGCCGAGGUCGAGGAGGCUCCCCCGCUUGCUGUUCUACCCAUCUACUCCCAGCUCCCCUCCGACCUGCAGGCCAAGAUCUUUCAGAAGGCUCCAGAUGGUGUUCGCAAAUGUGUCGUGGCCACUAACAUCGCGGAAACAUCUCUUACUGUUGAUGGCAUCAUGUUUGUCAUUGAUGCGGGGUACUGUAAGCUUAAAGUGUACAACCCCAAGAUCGGUAUGGAUGCACUACAAGUCUACCCCAUCAGUCAAGCUAAUGCAAACCAGCGUUCAGGCCGAGCCGGCAGAACUGGUCCAGGACAGUGCUUUCGGCUGUACACGGAGAACUCCUACAAUAGCGAACUUCUUGCCACCACUAUUCCUGAGAUUCAACGUACAAAUUUGGCGAAUGUGGUUUUAUUGCUCAAGUCUCUGGGCGUCCAGAACCUUCUAGAAUUCCACUUUAUGGAUCCACCACCACAGGAAAACAUCCUGAACUCCAUGUAUCAGCUGUGGAUUCUUGGAGCACUGGAUAACACUGGUUCCCUGACCCCUCUGGGACGACAAAUGGUAGAAUUCCCAUUGGAUCCCGCCAUGUCUAAGAUGCUGAUUGUCUCUGUGGAUAUGGGCUGUAGUGAAGAGGUUUUGACCAUCGUGUCCAUGCUUUCCGUACCCGCCAUAUUCUUUAGGCCAAAGGGACGUGAGGAAGACAGUGAUGCGGCCCGCGAGAAGUUUGCCGUCCCCGAGAGCGAUCAUCUCACCUAUCUGAACGUCUAUUUGCAGUGGAAAACCAACAAUUAUGGGGCACAGUGGAGCAGCGAGCAUUUCAUUCACGUUAAAGCAAUGCGUAAGGUGCGGGAAGUGCGUGGUCAACUUAAAGACAUCAUGGUGCAACAGAAGAUACCGCUGACAUCAUGUGGCUCAGAUUGGGACGUGAUCCGGAAGUGCAUCUGUUCGUCGUAUUUUCAUCAAGCGGCACGCCUCAAGGGCAUAGGGGAGUAUGUUAACAUGCGUACCGGCAUGCCUUGCCAUCUCCACCCCACGAGCGCACUGUUUGGCAUGGGGUACACGCCGGACUACAUCGUCUACCAUGAGCUCGUCAUGACCUCCAAGGAGUACAUGCAAUGCGUCACAGCCGUCGAUGGCAAUUGGCUGGCGGAACUCGGGCCCAUGUUCUACUCGGUCAAGGAGUCGACAAGGUCGAGGGCGGAGAAUCGUCGGCGCGCGAAGGAGGAGAUGAGUGCCAUGGAGCGCGAACUCGAGGAAGCGAGCGAGCAAAUCAAAGCGCGUGAACAAGAGAAGCUGAACAAGCACGUGGCUUCUGUCAGGACAAAAAUCGUUACACCUGGCCGCAAGACGCCAGUUACGCCCAAACGAACACCUCAUCGCUUUGGUCUCUGACGUGACACCAAUCGAGCACUUCAAUGCUUUGACCUCUGAAGUAACACCAAAUCGAGCACUUUAAUGCUUUGGUCUUUGAAGUCACACCAAUGGAAAACUUCAUCGCAAGUGCAACGAUAAUAUUUAUUUUCAAAAAGUAGAUCUUUGUGGGAUUGUACACAGGGAAACAAAUAAUCGUGAUAUUAUUAUAUAAAGCUUUAAGAAUGCCGGAAACCCGGGAUUGUGGUUGGGAUCCGCUGAUUUCGCAGGGGUGCGAUUUUUAGCUGUGUGCUUGUUCUUAAUCAAACGAAAUAAAGAAUGGAUCAGAUUA